AUGAACUACAAUAGCUACGAGACGUCGUACACGUCGUACGGCGCCGGCGGUGGCGCUGGCGGCGGCGGCUUCAUUCCCGGUGGAGGCAGCCAGCAGAGUCCCGGCGGCCGCAAAGACUACACGCAGGACUCGCUCCGUCCCGUGACAAUCAAGCAAAUACUCGAGGCACAGGAGGAGCCAGGAGGUGACGCUUUCAAGAUUGACGGCGCUCUCAUCUCGCAGCUUACCUUUGUUGGCCAAAUACGCAACAUCUCUUCGCAGACGACCAACACCACGUACCGACUCGAUGACGGCACCGGCAGCAUAGAGGUCAAGCAAUGGGUUGACUCUGACCACGUCGACCCAGCCAAACCCAAGCUCGUCGAGGGUGCAUACUGCAGGGCAUGGGGAAAGCUGAAGAGCUUCUCAGAGAAGCGAUCUGUUAGCGCGCAGAUCAUUCGACCGGUCGAAGACAUGAACGAAGUCUCCUACCACCUGCUCGAGGCCACAGCAACCCACCUGUUCUUCACGCGUGGGCCUCCUGGCGGUGCGAAUACGGGUGCGGGUGCCGCCACUACUAGUGCAGGCGCCGGACAGCAGCAGGCAGCAGUGGGUGGCAACUAUGGCGGCUAUGAUCUGGCAGGCUACAACCAAGUUGCAAAGAGGGUCUUCCAGUACCUGAGGGAGGCUCCGCAGUCGAAUGAAGGUCUGAACCAGAUGGAGAUUGCUGCGAAGCUCGGCAUCGAGUCGGCGGAUGUCGCGAGGGCGGGCGAUGACUUGCUGGCGGGAGGUCUGAUUUAUACCACUGUUGACGACCAGACCUGGGCCAUUCUGGAAGCUGAUUAAGGUUAUGAGUGGGAAGUUGGCACAAUAGGCCUGAUGAUGAUGAAUAGAUUAUUUUGAGACAUGAUGACCAUAUCGUCACGCUAUGGGACGAGCUGAAGCUCGUGGUAGGUACAAGAUAUCUAAAUGUAGCGUAUGCCUCUACUAUUUCUCCGCGUUUGUGGAAAGAAACAACACACAGGUUGCAACAAUGGAAGUGGAGACUAUGGUAAAUACGGUUUGCGUCUUCCAGCCCGUCUGCACCAAUGCCUGUCGUUGACUGUAUAA